AUGGUUUCAGUACCCAAUGCUGAACUGUUUACAAUAAGAAUCGGUUACAUCAAUGAUGGGGUACAAAGAUUAGCGGGCUACGUGGAUUACUGUUGUGCUGAUCAGAUUUCAAGGUUAGAGUUGAUAAGUAUGGCUAUGGAGUUUGACUUACCUAUUGAGGGUUGUAGUAUUUGGUGGGUUGACAGUGGUGGUGAAAACAAUAUGCUAAAAGAAAUUAGUACUGACUUAGAUGCUUUAAGAAUGGCCGAGUGUGUAACUUCUACCAGGGAGGUGCAUGUAUAUUUCAAGAUUGCCAAUUCAGAGUUUGAUCUAGGUUCAGACAGUGUUAAUGCUAGCAAGGGAAAAAUGUCCAUGCUGAAGAACAGGAUCUUUAGUCUUGAUUCUGAUGGAGAAGCCACAGAAACCUUUGAAAAUCCUAGGGCUAUUAUAGAUGUGAAUGUACAACCUAGCAGAGUUGGCAGUGAUGUUGGUUUGGACUCAAAUUGUGCAACAUCUGAUGAGUUACACUCUUGUUCCUCAGCUGAUGAGGAUGAACUUGGCAAUAGUAAUCCUAGAUACCCUGAAUUUAAUGAACAUUGUGACAUGAGGAGCCCUGAUUUUAAGAUUGGUAUGAAGUUUGGUAGCUUCAACCAAUUCAAAGAGCCAGUAAGGAGUUACGAGAUUAAAAAUAGGUAUGAGAUGAAUUUCAAUCCAAAUGAUAAAAAAAGAUGCAGAGCAUAUUGCAUGAAAGGUUGUCCUUUCUAUCUUUGGGCUUCACUCAUGAUCAAAGAUGGUAGCACAGUGGAGAUAAAAAGUGGGAAUUUAAAUCAUGAGUGCAGUAGGGAUCACACCAAUAGGCAUGUAAAUGAUAAGUGGAUAGCACGAGUUUAUUUGGAGCAAUUCAGUGCAGAUCCUACCUGGAAGAUUCAAGGCAUUAUUCAGGCAGUAAAGACCAAUCAAGAAAUUGACAUUAGCAGGCUGAAGGCAUAUAGAGCUAAGUCUAUUGCACUUAGGAUUAUAGAUGGUGAUGACAAGACUCAAAUUUAUAAGUUACUUGACUAUAGAUUGGAGUUGUUGAGGACCCACCCAGGCUCGACCAUCAAAUUCAAAUGUCAUGCAAGGGUGUUCCAAGCAAUGUAUGUUUGCUUGGCACCGCUCAAAGAAGGGUUUCUUACGGGUUGCAGGCAAAUCAUUGGAGUUGAUGGUUGUUUUCUGAAAGGCAUUUAUGGGGGCCAGCUAUUAACUGCAGUGGGGAUAGAUGCAAAUGACUGCAUCUACCCCAUUGCAUGGGCAAUCGUCAAUAAAGAAAAUAAAGAGAAUUGGAAGUGGUUUAUGGAGCUUUUGACCGAAGAUUUGCAAAUCACAAAUAGCUUCCACUGGUCGUUCAUGAGUGACAGGCAAAAGGAUGCAUUGUAUAGUAUGCUUAUCAUGUGUUCUGUUUAUUCAAUUGAUGGAUGUGAAACUUACAUGUUCUUUUUUAUUGAUGACCCAUGA